AUGGCAACGAGGAACACCCCCAGCCCUAGGCCCAUGCCUGUAGGAACUGCCCAAGGUGAUCCUGGGGAAGCCAGUGUGUUAAUGAACCUUGAUGGGAAAUCCAUGGAUAAUGGGACACCAACACAGAUGAAGAUGAAACCAAAGAAAACAAGAAAGGUCAAAGCACUAAUCAUUGACCUUGGCUCCCAGUAUUGUAAGUGCGGCUAUGCAGGAGAACCAAGGCCCACCUAUUUCAUCUCAUCGACAGUCGGCAAGCACUUCUUGGAGACUGCCAACUCAGGAGACAAUAGGAAAGAAACCUAUGUUGGACACGAACUUUUGAAUACAGAUAUACCCCUCAAGUUGGUCAACCCUCUCAAACACGGCAUAGUGGUGGACUGGGACUGUGUCCAGGGUAUUUGGGAGUACAUCUUUCAUUCAGCCAUGAAGAUCCUCCCCGAGGAACACGCUGUUCUUGUUUCCGACCCCCCCCUGAGUCCCAGCAGUAACCGGGAGAAGUAUGCAGAGCUGAUGUUUGAGACUUUUAGUAUCCCAGCCAUGCAUAUCGCUUCUCAGUCCCUGCUGUCCAUCUAUUCCUAUGGCAAAACCUCAGGACUGGUAGUAGAGAGUGGACAUGGUGUCUCCCAUGUCGUGCCCAUUUCAGAGGGAGACAUCAUGCCAGGUUUGAUAGGCCACGUAGACUACGCUGGGUGCGACCUUACCAAUUACCUAAUGAAGCUACUGAAUGAAGCUGGGCACAAAUUCAAUGAUGAGCACUUGCACAUCAUGGAGCACAUCAAGAAGAAGUGUUGUUACACAGCAUCCAAUCUGGAUGAAGAGUUCAGCUUGCCCCUCGAAGACCUACGGGUAGACUAUGAGCUCCCGGAUGGGAAACUGAUCACUAUUGGCAAGGAAAGGUUUUUGUGCUCUGAAAUGCUUUUCAAGCCCUCCCUAGCUGGCUCUAGCCAGCCAGGCCUGCCCUCCGUGACUGCUGCCUGUCUCAACCAAUGUGAAGCCUCCUUUAAGGAGGAGAUGAUGGCCAAUAUACUCUUAUGUGGGGGCUGCACCAUGCUGGAUGGCUUCCCAGACCGCUUCCAGAGGGAGCUGAGUCAGCUGUUUCCCAAUGAUAGUCCUCUUGUGGUAGCAGCGCCAGAGAGGAAGACUUCUGUAUGGACUGGAGGCUCCAUCUUAGCCUCUCUCCAAGCCUUCCAGCAGCUCUGGGUCAGCAAAGAGGAGUAUGAAGAACGAGGGAAUGCUGCUAUUUACAGCAAAUGCUAA